GUCCUUUAUAGUCCAUACAUGCACAUUUUUCUUUCUUCAUUUUUAAGCCUUGAUCAUCCACCUCCUACUCUAGCUCUCUCAUGGAAUCCUCCUUUUGGUUGAAUAUCUUUUGCCUGAAUAUCAUUGUUGCUCUGGUGGUAGUAUAUUCAGUACCAAACACUUUCGUAGCCAAUAAGCCAUGUGAUUUCCCGGCAAUAUUCAACUUCGGCGAUUCAAAUUCCGACACCGGCGGCUUGUCUGCAGCAUUCGGCCAGGUUCCUCCACCUUAUGGGGAGUCCUAUUUCCAUCGCCCUGCCGGACGAUACUCCGAUGGACGUCUAAUUGUUGAUUUUAUAGCUGAGGGCUUGGGACUACCAUAUCUGAGUGCCUAUCUUGACUCAGUGGGCUCCAACUUCACUCAUGGGGCCAAUUUUGCCACUGCCGGUUCAACCAUAAGACCCCAAAACAUAAGUCUUCAUCAGGGUGGUUUUAGUCCCAUUUCAUUGAAUGUUCAACUUCAUCAGUACAAUGACUUCCAACAUAGUUCUCAAAUCUUUCGUAGCCAAGGAGGAGUUUUCGAGGGACUUUUACCGAAGACUGAAGAUUUUUCUCGAGCUUUGUACACGUUUGAUAUUGGACAGAAUGAUCUAUGGGCUGGUUAUCUUCUUAAUAUGACGAUGGAUCAAAUUAGAGCUUAUGUUCCUGAUGCAUUGGAACAAUUCAAAACUACAAUUAAGGAUAUAUAUGGUCAUGGAGGUAAGUCAUAUUGGAUACAUAACACGGGUCCUAUUGGGUGUCUACCGUAUGUCUUGAACAGUUUGUUGCCUGGAGGCGAUCAAGUUGAUAAGUUCGGAUGUGCAAGUCCAUUCAAUGAGGUGGCCCAAUAUUUCAAUAGAAAAUUAAAGGAAAUUGUGGUCCAACUUCGAAAGGAUCUUCCACUAGCUGCAAUCACAUACGUUGACGUCUAUUCAGUAAAAUAUGAACUCAUAAGUCAAGCAAAGAAGCAUGGAUUUGAACACCCACUGAGAGCUUGCUGUGGUCAUGGGGGAAAAUAUAACUACAACAAGAAUAUGGAAUGUGGAACAAAGAUUACAGUGGAUGGAAAACAAGUGUUAGUGGCCAAGUCAUGCAAAGACCCUUCUGUUGCAAUCAGUUGGGAUGGGGUUCACUUCACAGAGGCAGCUAACAAAUGGGUUUUUGAUCAGAUCGUGGAUGGUUCAUUUUCUGACCCUCCUAUGCCUUUGAAAAUGGCACGCCGUAAGCGCCAUAAUCAUUGACUCGGAUUCGAGUCUUAGUAGAGGGCACGAGUCAGUAGAGACAUGAAUGCAUGUUUGCUUUAAAAAAAAAAAAAAAAGAUCCCAUGUACAAACUAGAUACAUAUGUAAUUUAUUAAUGGUACUAAUGCCAUGAUCUCAAUUGUUUUGUUGUUCA